UCUCUUGGUAAGAAGUGAUCUUUCUUACUUACUUCAAUUUCAAAAUUCUCCUUCCCCGCUUCCUUCAUCUUCUCCCACGCCCCUUCAAAUUCUUCUUGAUUCUCUUAAACCCUAAAUCUCGAUCUCUCUGUAAACUCAUUUAGUGUCCAAUGUUUUCUCCUGCGAUCAAGAAAACCAGUUUUAGUUCCCGGAAGGACCGUACUUUGGGCCAUGCUUCUGAUUUUCCUGUCACACCAGUGGCUGAGAACCGUCGGUUACUUCAGGAUGGCUCUGUCCCUAAUCGCCCUUCCACCGGCACUCCUGCUCCUUGGGCCUCUCGACUAUCUGUACUUGCCAGGAUCCCUCAAGUUAAGAAAAAUGAGAACCGGGAGGGUUCAGAUGAAAUCAGACCCGUUUUUGUUGGAGAGUUUCCCCAAAUAGUUCGUGAUGAACAAGCUCUUUUACAGCAGAAACAUGCUCCUGCAGGUGAGUCGUGCAUGGUGGGUGGAAUGGAAAAGGGAACAAACCUAGCAUGGAUUAUCUGUGGGGGAAGUCUCUUUCUCUGGAAUUAUAUGUCACCUGCAGCUUCAGUUAGAUGUGUAGUCCUCAAUCUCCCCUCAAGCUUUGUGGAUGACAGUAGCAUGGAUAGAAAUGCUUCGAACAAUUGGAUACUUUCUGUUGUUAAUUGGGAUAACACACACCCUAAUCAGGAAGACACUGCUCAACAAAACCCUUCUGCUGGUGUUGUCAUGUGUAACAAGAGGACUCAGGCUAUUAUAUAUUGGCCCGAAAUAUAUUCUGAAGAGGCCAACUCUCUUGUAACAAGCUGUGCAUCUGUUGAUGAGCUUGAGAUAGCUUCCUCAAGCUGUUUAAAUUCAUUGAUUGCAUGUGCAGUCCCAAGAAUGAGGCAGUCAUGCAUUGUCCUUGCUUGUGGGUCAAAUGGUGAACUGUGGCAGUUUUGUUGUAGCCCCUCUCGUAUAGAACGCAGAAAGAUAUACCACAAUAUUUUAUCUUCCCAAGGUAGUGAUAGUACUCAACAUCAAAGGAGCAAGGGGUAUCCAAGGUCAUUGUUAUGGCGUUUUCCAUAUGUUUCUGAGGAAACUGUUAAGCAGUUCUUUGUACUCACAGACCAGGAAAUACAGUGUUUUGCUGUUAAAUUUCUUGAAGAGAUAACUAUCUUGAAGCUAUGGUCUCAUGUAUUUGUUGGUGCUGACAGUGAUUCUGGUAUCCAGAAGAAUUUGGCUGGUCAGAAGAGGAUUUGGCCCCUCGAUAUGCAGGUGGACAAGCAUGGAAAAGUGAUUACGAUUUUGAUUGCCACAUUUUGCAUGGAUCGUCUAAGCAGUUCAAGCUACAUAGAGUAUUCACUUCUGACCAUGCAAUAUAGGUCUGGAUUAAAUUCUUCCCCAUUAAAUAUUGAACCAAUACAUGAAAGGGUUCUGGAGAAAAAAGCUCCAAUACAAGUUGUAAUCCCCAAAGCAAGAGUUGAAGACGAGGAUUUCUUAUUUUCCAUGAAGUUGCGAGUGGGCGGAAAGCCCAGUGGAUCUGUCAUUAUUCUAUCUGGAGAUGGAACUGCCACGGUUUCACAUUACUGGGGAAAUUCUACCCGACUUUACCAAUUUGACCUACCUUAUGAUGCAGGAAAGGUCAUGGAUGCUUCAGUUUUGCCAUCAUUUGAGGACAGUGAAGGAGCGUGGGCCAUUCUUACUGAAAAGGCCGGAGUUUGGGCUAUUCCUGAGAAGGCUGUUUUACUUGGUGGAGUUGAACCUCCUGAGCGAAGUCUAUCACGUAAAGGCAGCUCCAAUGAAAGUUCUGCCCAGGAGGAGAGACGGAACUUAUCUUUGGCUAGUAAUAUUGCUCCUAGGAGGGUGAAUUCGGAUGUAUGGGAGGCUGGAGACAAACAAAGGGGAUCUUUUGCAACAGUUGCACGCCGUACUGCUCAAGAUGAAGAAUCAGAAGCUUUAUUGAACCAUCUUUUCCACAAUUUUCUCUUGUCAGGGCAGGUGGAUGGCUCACUUGAAAAGCUUCGCAAUGCUGGUGCAUUUGAGCGGGAUGGAGAAACAAAUGUUUUUGCUCGGGUUAGUAAGUCAAUUGUAGACACAUUAGCUAAACAUUGGACAACAACCAGAGGUGCUGAGAUUGUGGCUUUAGCUGUUGUUUCUUCUCAACUAAUGGAAAAGCAGCAAAAACAUCAAAAGCUUCUUCAGUUUCUAGCCUUAUCCAAGUGCCACGAGGAACUGUGUAGUAAACAAAAUCAAUCUCUGUAUACUAUAAUGGAGCAUGGAGAAAAACUAUCGGCAAUGGUUCAGCUAAGAGCACUGCAAAAUAGUAUAUCAAGUGUUGCCGUCCACCGCAAUUCUAGUACAGAAAAGGAAUUUUCUGGUUGUCUUUGGGAUCUAAUUCAGUUUGUUGGUGAGAGAGCCCGUCGAAAUACUGUUCUUCUUAUGGACCGGGAUAAUGCUGAAGUAUUCUACAGUAAGGUUUCAGAUCUUGAAGAACUAUUUUAUUGUUUAGACAAACAGUUGGAAUAUUUAAUCAGCACAGACAUACCGUUGCUGCUUCAAGUUCAAAGAGCUUGCGAAAUAUCUAAAGCCUGUGUGACUUUAGUCAACAACGCAAUGCAGUACAAAAAUGAGCAUCAUAUGUGGUACCCUCCUGUUGAGGGUUUGACAUCUUGGUAUGGAAGACCUGUGGUAAGAAAUGGCCUCUGGCGGAUUGCUUCUUUCAUGCUUCACUUGCUGAAUCAGACUUCUCACCUGGAUACAUCUACAAAGUUAGAAUUCUAUUCUAAUCUAAAAACGUUGGCUGAGGUUUCACUUGAGGCAUAUAGUGGUGCUAUAACAGCUAAACUUGAGCGUGGAGAAGAACACAGAGGUAUACUUGAUGAGUACUGGAAAAGAAGAGAUACCCUUCUUGAGUCACUUUAUCAGCUAGUAAAAAGUUAUAAUGGAACCAUCUCUCAGGAACCAAGUGAAGCAACUGAAAAUCAAGAUGUAACUGUCUUCAGAAAAUUGUCAUCAGAUUUAUUAAGUAUUGCUAAAAGGCAUGAAGGAUACAAAACCCUCUGGAACAUGUGCUGUGACCUUGAUGAUACUGAGCUCCUAAGAAAUCUCAUGCAUGAAAGCAUGGGACCGAAAGGAGGUUUUAGUUACUUUGUGUUUAAACAAUUGUACGAAGGAAAACUGUAUUCCAAGCUUUUAAGACUUGGGGAAGAAUUUCAGGAAGAGCUGACUAUAUUUCUGAAGCAACACAAAGACCUCCUUUGGCUUCAUCAAGUAUUCCUCCAUCAAGUUUCCCCGGCUUCUGAAACCCUUCAUGAAUUAGCUCUUUCCCAAGAUGAUACAUCUGCAGAUGAUGACAUGGCAGAUUCUUCUACAUAUACGGGUUUGGCUCUGAAUGAGAGAAAACGGCUCUUGAAUCUCUCAAAAAUAGCUGCAGUUGCAGGACAAAAUGCUGAGUCUGACGCCAAGCUUAAGCGCAUAGAAGCUGAUUUGAAGAUCAUGAAAUUACAGGAAGACAUCUUGAAUCUUCUCCCAGAGAACGACGAAGAGAGGCAAAAAAUUGGCAACAACCUUCUAUCUCCACUGGAUCUUAUAGAGUUAUGCAUAAAGAGCAGCAACCAAAUCCGAGAGCUGUCAAUUCUUGCUUUCGACGUAUUUGCCUGGACGAGUUCCUCCUUCCUUAGCCACAACAGAACCCUUUUAGUCGAGUGCUGGAGGAAUGCAAUCGAGCAAGACGAUUGGCUGAAACUAUACCAAGCCUCGGUUCUAGAAGGGUGGAGCGACGAACACACUUUGCAAGUCCUUAGAGAAACCGUUCUGUUUCUGGCAUCGUCUAGGUUUUAUGGACCCGAAGCCAAAACAUUUGAAGGCGGAUUUUACGAGACACUUCCUUUAAGAAGAACAGCAUCGAUGCAAGAAAAUAAUAAUAAUACGGUUGAAGAUAUUCUGAUGACACAUAAAGACUUCCCCGAAGCUGGAAAGUUGAUGGUCAUGGCAGUUAUGCUUGGAACCAAGAGUGAUGAUGAUCGGGUCGGUGAAGAAGAGUUUACGAGUCCGAUGGAAUGAAUGAAAUAUGGGUGAAGAAGAGUUAAUGAGUCCGAUGGAAUGAAUGAAUAUUGUUUGAUGAUUUAGACUCAUUUGUUGUUCAUUUUCUUAUAUUUUGUUGGCAUUCGCCUUGAGCUAGUGUUUUAUCUUCGACCGGCCCCUCUUUUUGUGUUGUCAGCUUGGUUUGGUUCGGUUCAUACAUUAUACAUACCUUAUGUAGUUAAAAAUCUGGAGUUAAAAUAUUAAAAUUUU